AUGCCGGUGAAGAAUGGGUUCAAGGAGUUCGCCGACGUCGGCGGUGAGUCGACGACAGCAGGACAUCAAAACGUCACAGGCCACUGCAUCGAGGUGUUCGAUGCGGUCAUGAGCAAGAUGCCAUAUCCGGUGACCUACGAGUAUGUGCCGUUCCCCAACAGCUCCGAGUCCUACGACAACCUCGUGUCGCUGUUGCCGGAUCAGAGCGCGGACAUCGUCGUCGGCGAUGUGAUAAUCACGGCGAGCAGCCGAGCAGGAUGGGCAAGGUGGAAAUUAGCAUGCCGUUCACAGACUCGGGGUGGUCGAUAA